GCCGGGAGCGCUUUUCUGAACGGCGCAUGUGCAGGCAGGCGACUCAAACCUUCCAGGAACCUGAACGGAGGUCGCGAGGUUGCAAAGCGCGGCCGGAGCUGGUGUCGCCAUGCUGUCCCCCGAGGCGGAGCGGGUGCUGCAGUACCUGGUGGAAGUGGAGGGACUCGCUGAGGAGGUGCUGGCGGACAAGCGACAGAUUGUGGAUCUGGACACCAAAAGGAAUCAGAAUCGGGAAGGCCUGCGGGCCCUGCAGAGGGAUCUCAGCCUGUCUGAAGACGUGAUGGUGUGCUUUGGGGACAUGUUUAUCAAGAUGCCUCACCCGCAGACAAAGGAAAUGAUUGAGAAAGAUCAAGAUAAUCUGAAUAAAGAAAUAGAGAAACUCCGGAAACAACUUAAAGUGAAGGUCAACCACCUCUUUGAGGCCCAAGGCAAACCAGAGUUAAAGGGUUUUAACCUGACUCCCCUCAACCAGGAUGAGCUUAAGGCUAUCAAGGUCAUCUUGAAAGGAUGAAAGUCAAGAAUCAAGAUGGGGACCUAUGACCAGCAAACCCCCACCCCCACCCCGUUAUGGAGGACCCUGGAUCCUCCAUUACUUCCCCUCAACCAGGAUGAGCUUAUGGCUAUCAAGGUCAUCUUGAAAGGAUGAAACUCAAGAAUCAAAAUGGGAGACCUAUGACUAGCAUCCUCCCUGUUGUCAUGGAGGACCUGGGACCCUCCAGUCUUGACACCUGCAAAGAUAGGAUCCACCCUUCAAAGGGACAGGCAUCGAGAACCAGGCCUGGCUCCUGGAUGAAGUCUGUUUGUAGUGUUUAGCUGCUUAAUGAUGGCAGGAGGGAACUCAAAUCACUGGGCUGGAUAAACACACAAGACCCAUUGACAGAAUGUGGCAGUCACCAGUGGGUGGGUGGGGACCAUCCUGUAGGGGUGUGAGAAUGACUAGCAGGCAUUUCAAACAAGGGCCUGCUGUCCAGAUGGGCGGUGGGCAGAUAAGGGAAAGGGGAAGAGUGGGAGCUUCAUUCCAGCUUCAUUCCUUUCAGAAAGGGAAACAUUUUGAAGCUGCAUGAAUAACAAUUAGGAAUAAAGCAGGAUGCUCACAGGUGGUUUCUGAAGGAAAGACAGCAUCUUAGUGUGUUAUAGACAUUUGUGGGACAGAGACACCUUUCCACCCACCCCCAUCUCCAUUUUGGCCCUUAACUUCCAGCUUGCCUGCUUGGAUACUGCUUGUCAGCUUUUUGAACCUGCUCUUUAGUUAGAAGGCCUUGCAGAAACCUGAGCUAGUCAUAAAUGAGGGAGGCUGCCUCAUCCAGGAUGGCCUAUUCACCGCCCCUAAAGUAAAGCCUGGACCAGCGCUAUUCAAAGUUCCUGUCUGCCUUCAGUGAACGGUCCUACUGUGAAUCUGCUAUAAGAGCACAGUGUGUCUUCCCUUCAUUGAAGGUUCAAUAAAUGUUAUUUAAAUAAAUGAAUAGCAGCUUCUAAUCUUC